UCCCCCUCCCCCCUUUUUUUUCUUCCCUCUGUUGCUGUGCCGAGUUCAGCCCUGGCACAGCAGGAGCAUCAUGGAUGAGAUGCUAGCAACAGAUGCUGUGCGCCAGGACUUGCAUUCGUAGGGUUCAUUUAAAACUGGUCUGGAGGGGAAAGAAGGGGGGGAAAAUCCCCAAACCUAACAAGAAGAACACUCGUCAUCCGUUAUAAUAAAUCAUCAACCCUCCAAGCAAGCAACUACUCCCCUUCGCUGGCUGGCUGGUAGCUGCUCUCAGACCCUGGUCUGUGGGGUACCGCACAAGCUCGGGCGCAUACGCACACGCAGACCUCGCUUUCUUAGCUAUGUCGGGCCCGGGAGCCAGCUGUGCAGUGGAUGGAGAGACAAGCAGCCCCUUCUGUGAGGGGAGAGAAGAAAGCCCGUUAGCAUCAAAAGCCGAGAGCAGCGAGGGGAGCGCCAGAUAUCGCCAGCAGAUUGUCUGGAGGAAUGUCGUCCUAAUGACACUGCUUCACAUCGGCGCUGUCUACUCCCUCUGCCUCAUCCCCAAGGCCCAGCUGCUUACUUUGAUCUGGGCAUAUUUGUGUUUCCUAAUGACGGCUCUGGGGGUGACAGCUGGUGCACAUCGUUUGUGGAGUCACAGGUCCUACAAAGCCAAGCUGCCUUUGAGGAUAUUCCUGGCCGCGGCCAACUCCAUGGCUUUUCAGAAUGACCUUUUUGAGUGGUGUCGAGACCACCGGGUGCAUCACAAGUACUCGGAGACGGAUGCUGACCCCCACAAUGCAUGUCGUGGCUUCUUCUUCUCCCACAUCGGCUGGCUCUUUGUCCGCAAGCAUCGCGAUGUCAUAGAAAAAGGGAGGAAGCUGGAUUUCACUGACCUGCUGGAUGACCCUGUUGUGCGGUUUCAAAGAAAGUACUAUAAGAGUUCGGUAGUGCUAAUGUGCUUUGUGAUCCCCACCCUGGUGCCCUGGUACAUCUGGGGGGAGAGUCUGUGGAAUUCCUACUUCCUUGCUUCCAUCCUUCGUUACACCGUCUCUCUCAACGUCACCUGGCUGGUCAACAGCGCGGCUCACAUGUACGGCAAUCGACCCUACGACAAGUACAUCAGCCCCCGGCAGAAUGCAUUUGUCACUUUAGGAGCAAUUGGUGAAGGCUUCCACAAUUACCAUCACACCUUUCCAUUUGAUUAUUCAGCCAGCGAGCUUGGCUUGAAAUUCAACCCAACCACAUGGUUCAUUGACUUCAUGUUCUGGUUGGGGCUGGUUACUGACCGAAAACAGGCUCCCAAGGAGAUGAUCUUAGCCCGCAAAGAGAGGACUGGUGAUGGCAGUGCUUGAAAAUGUAACAUUUCUGUGUAAAUCUAUGCUGUCGUGUGUGUGUGUGUGUGCGCGUGUAUUUUUUCUUUGAGAAAAGUUUAGUUUUUUUUUUUUUUUCCAGAUAAAAUGGGCUACAUUAAUCCCUGGGAUAACUCCAUUGACUUUAGUGGCUUUAUGUCAGGGGUGAAUUUAGUCCCAAUUUUUUUUCCUAUUAGAUGUCUUAUGUCCAAAUCCCAGACUAUUAAGUGUAAAAAAUAUUGGAUAUUAUUUAAUAUUCGUGUUAAACAUCCUAGAUCUUUGAUUUUAGUCAUUCUAGUUUAAGUCCAGUGUACACUGUAAUAUGCUUGUUCGUGUUAACCCUGGCAAGAUGGAGGAAUUAACUAUCCUUUCAAAGUGCGGUUCAGGUGAAUGUUUGUUUUUGUUUUUACUAGACAACCAAACAUGCUUUGAGACAUAAUUUUUUGGGGGGUUGGGGAUAGGGCCUGAUAUGCUGUUACAAAAACAAACAGAAAAGAAUGUUUAAAAAAUCCCCUAUACUGGGGAAAAAUCCGUUUUAAAAAAGAUGUUUGUCUGAAAAUCUGUUUUCUUAUUUCUGUUUGCAAGACCCUUGCUCCACUGUCUUUGUUUAUAUAAAAUUAAUUUAUUGCUAAGCAGGCUUUUGUGUUAAACGCUACACAUUAUACAAGCCAAAAUACAAACUGAUGCCAUGCUUAGCUGAUUCAUUCAUUGUCACAUAAACGUUGUAAUUUGUAAAGAUAUACUGCUCAACUGUGUCUUAAACCAAAAAAAAGCUUCGAUUUAAAUGUUUGGAGACCUAAUUUAUAUUCUAACAGGUCACAGCCACUGCUGCAUGCAUAUUUUAGCUACUUCUGCACAAUAGGUGUCUUCAUUUUUUUUUCGAGCUUUCACUAUCAGGUCUUUAAAACCUGGCCUUUAUCUAGAUCACAGUUUUUCCUAAUGUUACAACUGCAUGUAGCCUCUAUUGGUUUCAGAGCAAAAUAUAUAUAUUUUUAAAGUUAUGUAGCUUCUGGAUUUAACAGUUGCCUUUUAAAAGCAGCAUGUCUUGGGACCUACAGCCCUUUGUGUUAGAUGGUAGCCAGUGCAGGAGAAAGGCUUUAUGUUGUCUGCACUGGAGCACUUUUGAAGACAGAGGGCCUGAUUCUCAUUUACAUUAAGGGUUUGUCUGCACUUAAAAUGCUACAGCUGCACUGCUUCAGUGUAGACACUGCCUAUGCUGAUGGGAGGGGUUAGGUACUGUACUCUACCUCCCCGAGAGGCAGUAGCUCGCUCGAUGGAAGAAUUCUUCUAUCAACCUAGCGUUGUCUACAUGAGAACUUUGGUCAGCUUAACUAUGCACUUGGGGGUGUGUGGAUUUUUCACAUUGUUAAACCAGUCUAAUUUUGUAGUGUAGCCCAGGCCUGAGAUUCCCUUUGCCCUGUUCUGGCAGUGUGAAUAUGUCCACUUUCACGCCCAUUUACACUGCAAAGGGAGGAGGGGAAAGAUGGCCUUAAUAUAAAUGAGAAUCAGGCCUAGUUAUUUUCAGGAAAGAUGUACAAUUUUAAAACCAAACUCAGUUCUUUUGGGUUUGUUCGGGUUUUCUUUAGUUUUGUUUUUUAAAUGAUGCCAAUAUAAAAGAAUUGUCCUUAUUCUGUACUUCAUCCAGCAGGUGUUUAACAGUGUUCAUUUGCCAUUAAUGACAUGUAAACUCAUGAGUGAUUUACAAUAAACAGCUAUGAAUUA